AUGAAUCCAUCUCCCCAUGCAUCCCCCAUCCAUCUCUCUACCCAUCCAUUCGUCCAUUCAGGUAACCGAUUCAACCCGGGGCAUGGCCGUCUGCUGAUAGUCUGUGCAUGGGUCUGGGCCCUGGUGUUCGCCUUCUCCCCUCUGGCCCACUGGGGUGAGUAUGGUCCAGAGCCAUAUGGCACAGCCUGCUGCAUCGACUGGCGCCUGUCCAACCUGCACCCCGUGGCCCGCUCCUACACAAUGGCGCUCUUUAUCUUGUGCUACAUCGUGCCCUGCUGCAUCAUCACGGUAUCCUACACGGGCAUCCUGAUGACGGUUCGAGCCUCUCGUAAGGCCAUGGAACAUCACGAGGCCCGGCCGGCCAAGAUGAGCAACAUCCAGGCUGUUAUUGUGAAGCUGAGUGUUGCUGUCUGUAUCGGUUUCUUCACAGCGUGGAGCCCUUAUGCUGUGGUGUCGAUGUGGGCAGCGUUUGGACACAUGGAGAACAUCCCACCAUUGGCGUUCGCCAUACUCGCAAUGUUUUCCAAGUCCUCCACCAUAUACAACCCCAUCAUCUACCUGCUGCUCAGGCCCAACUUCCGCAGGGUGAUGUACCGGGCCCUGCUGAGCUUUCGCAGGGCCUGUCUGAAGGGCUGCCUGUGCUCCUGCUCCCAAGGCGCUGUGGGGAAGUGCCGCUCCGGCUCUGUGGUCCAGGUUAGCCUCCGGUCGCUCCGCAGACCACCAGGACACGACCAGUCCUGUUCCACCACCUCAUCUGCCAACCAAGCCCUCGCCGGGUACAGAGGUUGUAGCAGCACCUGCGAAAAGUGCAGCGAUGCCUUCGAGUGCUUCAGACACUACCCCAGAGAUUGCCAUGGUGGCACCAACCCCCCCAGCUCCUCAGUCAACACUAACGCACCUCAGGAUCAGCUCUCAACAGAGCCCCAGCUGCAGCCACUGACACAGAAACCAACACGGAAGCAGGGGCAGAAGCAUAAAAAACAGGAGGCCUGUCACAAGAAGUCCCUGCGAGCCACCAUGAGCAGCAAAAGGACCUCGGAGAUCGACAACCUUCAGAUCAACUUGGAGAUGGUGCCGGGACACGCAAAAUGUGCCUGGCCCUAGAAUGUGAUAUAUGCGUCCUCUGGUUUUAUACUUUUUACAUCUCUGAUAUAUAUAUUUCAGUUGAUAUUUAAAAUGACUUUAUUUAUUUAUCUGUCAAGAUAGACAGUAACUUUGUUGAAAUGCGCUUAGUAAAAACCUAGGUUGUCCUUCAGGGAUUCAUGUGGGCUGGAGGAGAACACAGUGGAACAAAAAGGAACCCCAUCAUCCUCGGAAGGAUCGGGACAGAUACCAAGGUACAAUACUGUUUGCGGCAAUAAACAGUUUGACACAUGGACGAUGGAAAGCGAAACCCACUUUGACAUCAGUUCCGCUUCCUCUACAAUCCCAUUUCCAUCCAGUGUUUACAGUUGUCUACAUAUACAGUAGGUGCUGGAUUGUUUUAUGCUGGUUCAGUACAGCAUGGUUUAACUCAACAUGAAACUGUUGACUUUAUGUACAAAGGAGAUCGAUGAGAGAGACAGCGAUAGAAUCAACCAAAGUCAUAAUCAAAACAGCUGAAGAUACUGAUAUUCACUCAACAAUAAGCACUCCAGUAUACUGUGUACACAGUGGGGCAAAAAAGUAUUUAGUCAGCCACCAAUUGUGCAAGUU